AUGCCCCAGCCAAAAAAUAAUGUUUCCAGCCCUCUGUUUGGCUGGAUUCCCUUGCUGACUGGUCCGAUGCCCUCUUCUCAGCCCGGGCUGUGCUCCAAACUCGCACCCUUCGGCCACCACCCAAUCUUCCCCUGGAGCUUCGAGGAGACGCUGGGAAAUCCCCCCCGACCCCCCCUGCCCUCCCCGAGAGUCACUUGCACAUUCGGGGGAUGGGCCUUGGUUGCUGUGGAUCCACCAAACCUAAUCAAUCGGAGCCCCAUCCACCAGCAUUUCAAACGCCCUUUCUCGACGUCCGCCUUUUUUUGCUGUUUAAUUCGAAACAUCGACACUCGCUUGAUUCUACCCGCUCGUUUUUGGCCGUUUAUUGAAAGAGGAGGAAUUCACAAACCAAGCACAAUUCUCCCGGGUCCCGAAUUACUUGACAAGCCAACGACAAACCCCCCAGGUUUUGUUAUUGCGAAUUUACUGCGAAAAAAGGGGUGGCCACGAUCCAACACCAUCUCCCUCAACCACGACUAUUCGAUACCGAAUAUCGAAAGACACCAAGAACGCCUCGACGACGUCCUUCCGCUAGGAACCUCGUCCUCAAAUUCAACACACACUCAUAAAUUUCACCGGGAACCUACCUCCUCCCACAUCGAAAUGAAGGCCGUUCAGUCUCUCGCUCUCGGCCUUGCCGUCUUCACUCCUCUGGCCUCCGCCUGGCCCAAGUGGCUUCCAGAUGUCGAUGCCCUGGUUGUGCGGCAAAACGAUCAAUCCUCAACCGCUGCCGCAACUCAGACCGCGACUGCUCAGACUGGCGCCACAGCAACAGGAACGGCACAGGCGACAAACACCGGCGGCGCGAAGACCACCAACCUCAACACCGCAAAGCUUCCCACAGGCACUGAGACGGGCACUGGCACCAAGACAGGCACCAGCAAGUCCAAGGCGACCUCUUUCGAUGACACAGAUCCGGCUGGUGGCAUUACCAUGGUCACGCCAGCGGCCACGGCUCAGUCUAUCAACCUUUACAAAAUAGGAGACUUUGUCACCUGGGGAUGGAACUACACAAACCUUCAAGCCUCUCCUACGGCCAUCGAUGUCCUUGUUUCGUGCUCAUCCAUGGCUCAGACCUGGACAUUGACACAGAACAUGACCUUUGCUCAGCCCGCCUCCUUCACCUGGGAUUCGAGCGUGCAGGCGACCGACCCCUCAGCGCCGUUGCGAAACGACGAAUACACUCUUGUCAUCUACGACGCGGAAUCGAGCGUCAGUGCUACCGCUCAGCCUGGCUACCUUGGUGUUUAUUCCAGCUUCAAGUUUGGCAUGUACAAGGCUCAAGAAUACAAGCCCCUGAACGAGUGGAACUGCGCAACGUGCUCUGCUGCGUCUGGUCUCGACAGCAAGGCUCUCAGCAUGGCUGUCGGUAUGAGCAUUCUCACGGUGGCCAUUGCUUUGGGGGGGCCUAACAAGAGCGAGGAACAAGAGUUCAGCGGUAAUCAUUUACGGUGGUCAUUUCUACACAACACCAAGGGCGGCGUUACGUGUCAAAGCAUGGUCGGGCAAAAUAUGACUCCGCAUAUAGGUAAACUCCAGACGUUUAUGAGUGUUAUCUUGAUAUAUAGCUUAAUUGAUGAUACUGGCUGA